GGGCGGGCCCCCGGCGGGCGGCACCUCGGCGGGGGACAUGGAGCGCUACUACCGCCUGCUCCGCGCCGCCGCGCUGCUGGAGGCCGCCGCCGCCGAAACUGCAAUACCCAUCUGUGCAAAGGACAUCAGUGAUGAUCUGAUGAAGGAGUUUGCCUUUCUGUCUGGUGGAAGGGGCAAGGACAAGGCCUGGAUCAUCACCCUGCCCGACAACGCUGGCUUCAACCAGGUGCCCGAGGAGAGCGUGGCCAGAGUGCUCAGCUACCUGACCUCAGUGCCCAGUCAGCAUGAGUCUGACACCAAAUUUAUCCUAAUCCUGGACAGAAGACUGGACACAUGGACAUCAGUCAAAACGACUCUCCAGAAAAUAGCAGCAUCCUUCCCAGGGAACCUGCACCUGGUGAUGGUCCUGCGGCCCACGGGCUUCUUCCAGCGCACCUUCACCGACAUCGGCUUCCGCUUCAGCCAGGAGGAUUUCCUGCUCAAGCUACCGGUGGUGAUGCUGAGCUCCGUCAGUGACCUGCUGACGUACAUCGAGGAGCAGCAGCUGACCCCCGAGCUGGGGGGCACCCUGGAGUACUGCCACAGCGAGUGGGUCAUCUUCAGGACGGCCAUCGAGAGCUUUGCCCUGACUGUGAAGGACAUUGCCCAGAUGUUGCAGUGCUUUGGCACGGAGCUGGCCGAGGCGGAGCUGCCCGAGGACAUGUUCUGCAUCGAGCGCCUGCUGGCCCUGCGCACCGAGAGGUACCUGCAGCUCAAGGAGGAGAUCACGGCAGUCACAAAAGAGGGCAAGUUGCUUUUGAGCAGUUUUGAAGAGCCAGACUCAGGGGAAUGCAGUCAGGAGCAGCAGCAGGAGAGGCCUGGGGACUGGGAGACGGUGAAUCGGUUGCUUGGUCAGCUGCGUGAGAUGGAGACUGCUUUUGAUGGCUUCUGGGAAAAGCAUCAGUUAAAAAUGGAACAAUAUUUACAACUCUGGAAGUUUGAGCAAAGUUUUCAAGAGGUGAAGAGUGCCAUUGAAUUUUUGAUGGGGCAGCAGGCGGAGCUGCCCGACACCGGCGACAGCGUCCCCCAGGUGAAGCAGAGGCUCAAGGAGCUGGAGAGCUUGGAUGGCCUGGCUCAGGAGCUGAUAGGGAAGGCUCAGGUGGUGAUCCUGCACGGGCACCAGCUGGCUGCCAACCACCACUACGCGCUGAACCUGAUCUGCCAGCAGUGCAACGAGCUGCGGCACCACUGCGACCUGCUGGCCGAGCACGGCAAGAGGAAGCAGCUGCACCUGCAGAGGACCCUGGAGCUGCACACCCGCCUGCAGCAGGCCCUGCAGUGCUGCGAUGAGGGUGCCUACCUGCUCGCCAACCAGCAGAUGGACAAGUGCCAGUCUAAAGAAGGCGCCCAGAAAGCUCUCCAGGACAUAGAGAGAUUUCUUGAAAGCUCUUCAUCCUACUUGAACUAUGAUCCCCAAGCCCUGCAGGACGAUUUUGAGUCUGUUUUGACACCUGAGCUGAAGUGCCAGCUGCAGGCCGUGCAGGGGAAGCUGGACAGCGUGCGCAGCAUGUUUGAGAGCAGGCAGUGCUGCUUCAGGAGGCUGCUGGACAAGCACGUGAGGCCCGUGCAGCUCGUGGCUCCGCGGCCAGAGACCCCGCCCCGGGCCAAGUCACCCCUGUUCUCUCCUAAGCACGGUGUAGAUUUUAAUUCCAGUUUGAAAUUUUCAUUUGAUCUUUCUCUCCCUGGGAAGAAAACUUCAAGAAAAACUCCAAGUUCUCGCAAGAUCGAGGUCAUGCACGACUACCAGGAGAAGAGGAAUUCCUUGCAGUACUUCAUUUCAGACAGUGAGGACAGCUUGGAUGUGCUGAAAGGGCAUGUGAUAAAUGAGCUUAUAGAAACAGAGAGAGUGUAUGUGGAGGAGCUGUUCACAGUUCUGACGGGCUACAGAGCAGAGAUGGACAACCCUGCCAUGCUGAUCCUGCUGCCCCCUGUGCUGAGGAACAGGAAGGAUGUGCUCUUUGGAAACAUGCCUGAGAUCUACGACUUCCACAACAAGAUUUUCCUGCACAGCCUGGAAAGCUGCCUGGGAGCCCCUGAGAGAGUGGGAUGUUGUUUCCUGGACAGGAGGGAGGAUUUCCAGAUGUAUGAGAAGUACUGCCAGAACAAGCCCCGCUCCGAGUCCCUGUGGAGGCAGUGCUCUGAGAGCUCCUUCUUCCAGGAAUGCCAAAGGAAACUGGAGCACAAGCUGGGGCUGGACUCCUACCUGCUGAAACCCGUGCAGCGCCUGACCAAGUACCAGCUGCUGCUGAAGGAGCUGCUAAAGUACAGCACGAGCUGUGAUGGGGUUCAGGAGCUUCAAGAAGCUCUGGUUGCAAUGCUGGAUUUGCUGAAGUCAGUCAAUGACUCCAUGCAUCAGAUUUCAAUCACAGGCUAUGAUGGUGACCUGAGCGAACUGGGGAAAGUAUUGAUGCAGGGAUCUUUCAGUGUUUGGGCAGGACACCGAAAAGGGCCCACAAAGAUGAAGGACCUGGCCAGGUUCAAGCCCAUGCAGAGGCACCUGUUCCUCUAUGAGAAAGCCUUGGUCUUCUGCAAGAAGAGAGAGGAGCAUGGAGAUGGAUAUGACAAAACCUCAUCUUACAGCUUUAAGCACUUUCUGAAAAUGAAUGCAGUUGGGAUAACUGAGAAUGUGAAAGGAGACCAUCGGAAAUUUGAGAUCUGGUACAGUGGGAGAGAGGAGGUGUAUGUGGUGCAGGCCCAAACAGUAGAUCUGAAGAUGGCAUGGCUGAAUGAAAUAAGAAAAAUUUUGUUCAAGCAGCAAGAGCUUAUAAAAGCAGGGGAGAAGCAGCAGCCUGGCUCGUGCUCGGAGCAGCUCCCACUCUCCUCGCAGCUGGGGGACAGGAAGCAGCAGAGAGCCUCCAUCAGCUCGGAGGAGAACGACUCGGAGCGCACCAGCCCGGUGCUGCUGUCCCCCCAGAGCAAACCCCACAGAGGCUGGCCGGGAAUGUCCCAGUCCCUGGAGAUCUGCGAGGGGCUGGAGGAGUGGGCGGGCCAGCAGGAGCUGUCCAACUGCUCGGACACCGAGGAGGAGGAGGGCACCCAGCUGUCUCCAGGAAAAUACAAAGCCCUUGCAGACUGCAAGAGGAGAGGAUCAGAGGACCUGCUGGUGAAAAACGGGGAUGAAAUUCAGCUCUUGCAUGAAGAUGGUGAGGGACAGUGGCUGGUGAAGAACCUCAACAGAAGGAAAGAAGGCUGGAUCCCUGUGCACAGUCUGCAGAUUGUGGUCGGGGACUGCAGGUUUCGGAAUGCCAAAGUUGCAGAUUUCAUUGCAAGAGCACUGGGUAGAAGACCGGGGAGAAGAGACGGAGUCUGACCAGGGAUUCCAGGACUGUUUUCCUCCUCCCUGCUGUAGCUCACACCUCCUGUGGAGCAGGAGGUACCUAAGCCAAAUCUCCUGCUGCUGCUAAAGACAUCGAGGCCUGACCCCAGCCCUCUAAGGCAAUACUUCCUCCCCGCUGCCCUCACUGCUGCCUGCUGGUCAAUCCACCCUAGAGAAAGUUCGUUAUAAACAGGUUUCAGCCAAAGGCUUGGAGUUCUCAUUUUCUAGCUGUAACUGUACAUAGCAAUAGACAGGGAAGCAUAAGAGAUGACACAAGAAAAUGCCUUAAGAGCAGCCUGUUGCCCUUGCCAUGUCACUGCUCCAUGUGUUGCCUCAUCACCACACUGUCCUCAGCAAAUGGGACACCAGGGCUGGAGGUGGAACAGCUCAGGAAGCCCACACAGACUUAGUCCAUUGAAAAAAAAAAUUAAAAUUUACUAGCUAUUACUGUAUGAAGCAAAACUUGAAAGGAGAUUUCUAUUUUAAAAAUUCUUUUUGUCAGAAUCUGUUUUUUUGAUGAAGGUGAAGGAAGCCAUCUGAAAGGCUCAGAAUUCCAGUCAGCUCUUGAUGGUUUUUUGGUGUAUUUCAGUGAAAUCCUUCCUCUGCAGGAAGGUAUGUUUUAUCCCCGUUGUUGCAGGGCACACAAAUCUCAAGGUUGAAGGUUUGCUGAUUUUCUGUAAGGGGUAGUUUGCUAACCACUGUUCAGGGUUUACUGGCACCCUGCAGUUGUGGCUCUCUUGAUCUUCUCUCCAUGUAUACCUACCCCAUCUCACCAGGUCCUAUGCAGGAGUUUCCACCUGAGGAUGCGUCUCAAAAAAGGUGCUGGGAAACUUUGAACCCUGGUUUGCAUUGUCAGUGGUGAUGUCCCCAAAAACCUAGAGACUGCCAGCUCUGCACUGGUUUAUAAAGUUGCUGAGUACAAAGUGAGGGGAAUUUCAUGGGGUGAAACCACAGAAAUGAGUGCCACACCCCUGCCCAGGUACCCCAGAGCUGUGUCCCAGGCUCUGAGAGCACUGGGGCUCUGUUUUCCAUGUGGAGGUAACUGUUCUCUUUGCUGUUUCUGCUGGUGCUUGCAGUCCCAAGGCACGAUUCUGACCUUGCACACACCAGGAAAUGCUGGGGGAUGAUGUGGGAUGUUCUCCUGCUAUUUCCUAGAGCUGUUCCUAGAGCUUUCCAGCACUGUGUCCUUACAGCCACAAGCAACUUGCACUCUGAAAAUUGAUUUUCAUGCAGUUCUUCUGCACUCAGCAAUUGCCUUUACCCUGGGCUGGUCCCUUCACCCUGCAGUGACUCUGGGCUGGGCUCUUUGCUGCUGCUGCAGGAGAUGGAGCUCUUGCUCCAGCCAGCAGAGAUCAGGCAGCCAGGCAGGGCAGGAGCAGCCUCGGAUCCCUCCCUGAGCUGCCUGUGCUGAGCUGCUGCUUUGCAUGCCAGCAGGGUAAACCCGAUUAACACUGUGGGACCCCCGGGGGCUUGGGGAGUGCUGGAGUCACUUCAGGGCUAGGGGCAGAGGCACUUUGGCAUUUGUGGAGGCAGGGCCUGUGUUACUGCUCAGCUCCAGGUUCCCCUAAUUAAAACUCUGUGUCCAGUCACAGAAUUUCACAGCAGAAUUCACACAAAUCUGGGGUUUGGGAUUUUUGUCAGGGCAAAGCCUUUAGCUGAAUAGAAUAAAUGGUUCCCUUACCUUCACAUUUCCCCCUUGAUUUAUCCUGUGGCCCACCACAGGAUGGCUGAUAGCUGCAUGCCCACUGGCUGUUCCUCUCCCCUCCUGCUAAUGAUUCCAGUGUUGAGCCAAUGCAGAUCAUCAUGAAGUUCCAGGGAACUCUUUGCUGUCCAUUUUAAGUGAGCAGAGGGGUAUUUGGUCAAUGCUUCACUUCCCAGCUUUGCAAAUCCACGGUCCUCUUGUAAAUCUUGGCCUGGACAUGAGCCAUGAGUUCCCUGGGAGGAAGGUGGCUGGCUUGGAGAGCAUUUUGGAAAUGAGUUUUCCUUCUGCUGUGCCUCUAGCUGUAAGUUUUGAGAUUAGUCCUUGCUGCUUCCUUCCAGACAGAUUUAUUCUCUCUGCUCUGCAAACCCAUGGUGGAUUUUUUAAUGUGCAUGAUGAAGGAGCAGUUUUGUAUUGCAGGUGGUAACAUGCAGAGCUCUAAAUGAAGAAUAUUUGGAGAGAGCUGUGCCCAGAAGGAGCAAUACUCAGAAUGUACUGCUGCUGAGGCUCACCCCUGUGUUGGGGUUUCAGCUGCCUUGCAGGUGGUCAGGCACUGCCUGGUUAACUGGCUUGGCUUUUCCAUGAAUUAACAUGGGGAUGCAGGAUUAUCUCCUCAUGUCAGGGAGGGUUGGGGCUCCAGCACUGCAGUCCCAACUCCCUUCUGCCCUGGAGCAGGAGAGAAAGCAUUUCUGCAUGUCCCUUGGUGUGCCAGGGUCACAGUGGGCAGCACUGGCAGGUCUGUGCCAGUGAGGAGGAGGAGGAAGGUCUCACCUCUCAGCUGCACUGCAGCACCAAGAACCAGGUUCCCUUUGAGCUCUCUUCCUUCCAGGGCACAGGCUCCUGUUCCAUG